UUCAACUAGAACGAGUUAUAAUAGUCUCCUUAUAACGAAACACGAGCUAUUACUUGGAAGAUAUUUCAUUAGAGGACCAAGCUGAGACAAAGAAGCAAACAUGCCUGUACCACUUUCAGUAUACAGUGUCUUAACCCCGGGUGCCGACUUUCAGAGUAGUAGAACGGAGGACCAGAGGCGAGAAAGGGUGCGACAUGUCCUAAAGUCACCAUUGGUCUUCCUGGCUGUUUGCCUAAAUCUCUUCUUCGCUAUUUUCGUCCUCCUCAUCCUCAGUAAUGCUACCAGACAACCGUGUGCAAGGAGAACGGUGAACCCAUCAAGGCCACUCCUGCAGCUCCUGUAGACAAGUCAUUCGAUCGCCAUGGUUCUUACCAUCAUCAUCGCUUUGACGAAAAAUGUCACUACGACCACGCCCUCAACGUCCUUAGGGUUGACAUGACGGGAGAUGGCUACGGGGAAAAUGCGACCAUUAUCUACGACUUCUCUCGGCGCCUGAUGACUUAUUCGAUGACCCGAAAGCGGAUGUGUUUGAUAGGAGUGAUUGACGAGACCAUUGACGUUGAAUUCAUCAAUGAAGGAGAUUCGAUCGACCUACCGGAGACGUCUGGUAGGAACUUCACGUCAGCUGGGGUCAUACCGAAUGGGUUCUUGCAUCUCAAUACAUCACCCGUCGUCGCCUCCAUCUGCGCCGAUUACGAGACACUUUGGAUCGAACCGGUACUUGAGCCAUCAAGAGUGCGAAUAGCUCGCCAUGACAAGACUACCACCACUACCACCACCACCACUACUUCAGAUGGAACGACAACAACAACAACCACUACCACCACUACGAUGCACUAGUAGAUGGAUGCUGUCUGAGAGCGGUUGCAUAGAUCGUUCAGGCAUUGGGCCUGUACCUGAUUAUCAUGAUAAUUGGUCUUACUUUAAUAUCCCGCGCCUUGCACACGAGGCGUCAUUUGUUUUUACCAGAGGUGGUCUGGGACUGGAAUUCAUAUUAACCGGCCCUCAGACCUCAAAUCAACCGACCCUCAAGUCAAAAUAUCGAGCGGCCUGUGCCUGUGAAACCCCUAUUUUUUACUGACGUAGUACUGCGUCAUGAGCCACCACGGUUUUUGACGUGGCAUAUGAAUGUUAUACCGUAGAAAAUACCGUAACAUAAUGAAUGAUGCAGACCUGCAGUGCGUUGAUUUAUUAACGCGAGCAAUCGUUUCUUCUUGGAUACGAUUGAACACAGAUGCGACAUUCUCUAACGUAGUACUGCGUCAGCGACUGGUCCAGUCAUUGAUGCGCCGUGCGAGUGUAAACUAACUCGAAAACAAGAAGAAGAAGGAAAAAAAAAGACGCAUGUAAAAUAAACAAUGCAAACCUUGCGUUGAAUAAUGCAUAAGGAUGCAAUAAUUGCAAACAUAGAUUUGACUGGGUAGGACGUAGGGAUGAUAACGCGAUCGAAAUGACACCACGUGUACAAUGGGCAUUGGGACGGUAAAAAUCACAUUGCUGUCAAAUUGUUAAAAUGCACCAUAUGUAAUGAUACUAGCAAGAAUAUUAAAGAUAUUAUAGACUUGUAAUUCUAGUAAUAAGGAGUAUGAUUAAUCAAGAAGCCUAUACAUUUGUUUUAUUUCAUUGUUUUGUGACGAGUAUUGAUGCUGCUUCAAUUGACUUCUAAAUCUAAAUACAAAGCAUGGCUUGCACGAUUAUUCAUCUACAUGUAGAUAAUUAUAUAUCUGUGUGUGAAACUGAACAUUAAAUUGUAUUAUCCAACAGUAUGUGCUGCUGUAUAAAUGUUGAACAUUUGAAAUCAUUAACGAAUUUAUUAUGUAGGUCUGUGAACGAUGACUAUUGCUUGAUUUGACUGGAAUAAAAUGAACUAAACGAAUA